GUUGGCUGUACUGUAGAAGCCACUGGAAAUGCAUCCCCAUGGGGCAGCUUCAAAAGGCAUCCAAGACAGCUGAGACACGUGUCUCUCCGAAGCCAGAUGCUAAGGUAGAGACCCUUUAUAUCGCUACCGCAAAUGCUGCUGCUGCUGCUUGGACAGCUACCAGGCACUGGAGCUUCAGCAAGUGAAGGGUUAAGGCGAGCUUAUGGCCACUAAGCAAGUGAGCUCAUCUGAGCUGGAAAAUGCUCCAAGAAUUCUGAGCCACUCAGUGCAGAUGAUAUCAGAAGUGGGGGAUAUCUGAGGCUGGAAGCAAAGCUACUUAGCAAAUUGCAACAUCCACCUAGGAUACAUUCCAUGCAUAUUCGGGACCGCAAGCCAACUGAUGGAAGCCACCAGUUCUGUCCACGAUAACAAUGAUUUUGUGAUCUCCUACGUGAUCUCAGAAUUCUAGAUGUACCCACAAGUCCCUGCUUCUCCUGCAGAUAAGCUGAGAGGUGCUAAUGCUGUGAGCCUAUAAAACUGGUAGCCAUGGAAACCCAAGCCAAAGAAAUGGAGGAGGGAGAGAAGUCCCCUGAGUCCAAGGACUUGCUGCCCAGCCAAACAGCCAGUACCUUGUGCAUCAGCUCACGGAGUGAGUCCGGCUGGAAUGCUCCUCCCCGGAGCAAAUGGGACAUUUAUCACAAACCAGUCAUUGUGCUCUCGGUGGGCGGAGCAGUGUUCCUCUUUGGGGUUGCCAUUACUAGUCUGACUUGCCUCACCCUGGACAGAAACAACACAACUAACAUAAGCAACAACAUGGGCAACAAAACCAGCAACAUCACCAAGGAGGUGUUUAAGCUAUGUGGGCCAGCCUUCCUUUCCCUUGGCCUCAUGCUGCUUGUGUGUGGGCUUGUCUGGAUCCCCAUUAUCCGCAAGAAGCUGCGGCAGAAGCAGAAAUAUCACAUCCUCCAGAGCAUUAAGUCCUUCUUCCUCAACCGCUGAAGGCAGCUGUUCUUGGGUUUGGCCGCAAGGCUAUUUUAGCAGGCUGGAGCCUUCUUGUUACAAUGUCCUGCAAGUCAAACCAACUCUGGCCUGAAGGCAAGCUCACUCCUGUGCCCUUCCCUUCCUUUUGUGUGUUUAGGAUUAGCCCAUUUCUGGGCAGAAGCCACCAUGGCUGUCUCUGGGCCCUCCGCAAGUGAAUGAACUUUUCUUUUCAACAAGAACAGCAAGUCUUUUUAAUGCCAGAGCAGAUCCCAGAACAGCUACUUUGGCUAAACGUGAUUGUGCAUUUAGCGUACUGAAUAUUGCUCUGAAUAUUGGUUACACUGUCUGAAUCACAGAGCUUCAAAGUGGAGACACCGUCUUAUAUAUUUUCUUAGAAGAAACGGCUUCUUUGGGGGCAAAACUGCUGGCAGAAAAUGACGCUCAAAUGUUGUCUUGUAUGAAUGAAUAUAAUAAACAUAUCAUGGAAAGAAGAUAUUCUUCCAUUCCAUUGUGGGAGAAAAAUUAGGGGUUAGAGACUAAUCAAAGACAAAUGUUCUUAGAGUGGGAAGUGCUAUAGAAAAUGGACUUUGAAAGUGGUGGGGAUAUAAAGCUAUAUCACUGAACAAGGAGAAGACUGAAUCUUCUAUGAGGAAACCGGGUCUUACUUACAAAGCUUGUCAUGCUCUGUUUGCUAGGCAAAAGUAGCCUUUGUUGCUAUUUUUUAAACAUGAGGGGGUGUUAUUUUUUUUCUUAUCAGCAUUCUUUUGGAUUUGAAAGGGGAAACUAAGAAACUGUAGGGAUCAGACUUAUCCCCGGCACCAUAAUGUGUACUUGUGGACAAACUCCAAUGAGCAGAAGGAGAUCCAUGAACAACUAGAAAAAAGUCAAUAAAUGAACAGAACAAACACUUUUAAAAUCGUGAACAUGAAAUCAAUGUUUGAAACAUAUCCUGAAGGGUUAAGAUGUAUAGAUGUUUAGAAUGGCUCUUUGUCCAUAUAUUUUGCCCUUCCUCAGCUGUUCAUACUUGUGGUCAGGGAGAAAAAACAUCACUGCCAAUGACAUUUGCUCCAAGAGAAGCAUAUUUCACUAAAACCAAAACUAAGUAGCUCUUGAAAGCUGCACUACAUGCCCAGUUCUGAGAUCACGAGUGCAUUGAACUUGGCAAGCAGGAAGGGGAGAAAAAUGCUGAGGCUCCGGUUUGAAAAUGGGAGAGGAAAGUGAUCUGCACAGGUGUCACACCAAAAUGAUCUCGGAGACUACUUCAAAGACCAUUGGAUUGUGGGUCUGUAGCUGUUACGCUGAAGCAUGAUGAGGGUAUUAGGGUGAAAUUAAUCAGAGAUGCAACCCAGAGGCUUUGCAUGUGCCUCCUCAUAGAGAUUAAUUUUUACAGCAAUUUCCAGAGGUGGCCUUUUAGGUGGUGGUUUAUCUCCCAGACAAUACCAAAGUGCCUCCUUCCAGAGCUUUGUGGGCUCCUUCCCCUCUCAACCAUUCCCAUUUGCUUUAGGAGAAUCAGACUAAAGGCUGACCAGCAUUUCCUAUUUGCCCCAGUGCAAGAAUGGAAUAGGAGGGCAAGAAGAGAUGAAACCAUCCUCAGUCCACCCCUAGCCUCCUGGGAAGGCGUUUCCUUGUUCUGCAUGAGAAGUAGUGUUUUCCCCCUCCACUGGCAGAUGCAGGGCAGUCUAGUACACAAGUGUGUUCUGUCUAAUACAAGUGUGUUCUGUCUGACACAAACGCCUGGGUUCCAGUUGGCCUGCUCAGGCGGAUAUAGCCCUCCAGUCCUCUCUCUCGGCUUUGUCAGCCAUUUUGUGCUGGGCUACCUCCAAUUAAAGGCUAGACCUUUCCUUAUCAAUUAAAGUUCAUUUGUGGAAUGAUGAAAUGCUGGCCAUUUCUUUGUUUUUUAACAGGCUUAGUGGCAGAAAUGCCAUUUUUUUUGUUUCUGUUUUUGUUUUCCUUUCAAUGGGGGUGGAGGGGGAGUUGGCAAGAGAUCUGCAAAGUUUCCCUUUCUAGCCCAAGUAUUCGGAAGAACUAUAAAACUGUUAACACUUCCCCGCACCCACACCCACCAGCCCUCAAAAGACAUGCGCAGAAGAAAGGCAAUUGGUGUUUGCUUUUCUAGUGUGUGUGGGGGGGGGGAGCAGGGGAAUCCACCAGUUUGGAUAUAUGGUAACCAGGAUCUGAACAGAACACUAGGCCAUCACUCUGGCCAAGGACGAAGAAAGAAUUGAAAUCUGCAAAGAGAUUUCUUAAGUAGUUUCAUCUCUAGCUGUGGUUUAUGGCUGGGAGACAAGUCACUGAAGGCUGCAGUGCAGAAAAGCGCAAAAAAAGAGUUUUUAUUUUGAAGGCCCCCCUGACAGCUUGUUUGAACAAUCAUCCUGCAUUUCCAGUCCAUUUUAUAAGAAAUCCUAUUCUCUUAAACUUUACUUCUCUUUCCCCUUCCCACCAGCAUCUAGUACUCACUAUGGCCUCAACUGUUCUGUUCUGAGUUUCUCAAAAUCGAGAGACGAUAUACUUUCCUAUAGCUGAUGCCUUACUUCAACACUUUGGGAUAGAACAGAGAAGUUUCUUACAUGUGAUGCACUGUUCACACUUCCCAUUACUACUGUUUGUGCCCCUUCUUCUUGUGCAAAAUGUAGUCAACUUUGCUGAGAAUGGCAUUUCCCUCUUGGUAAAUAGUACAAUUUUCAGCUGUUGUGUAUAAGCAAAUGGCUUUGAAAUCCCAAGUUAAGAUUUUGUGCUGUUUCUGGCUUCACAAUGGUAACAAAAUGGUUGCAAGACAGCUCUGGGGCCAAAAGGAGAGUUUAGAAAGAAGUCAUAGGAGUUGUAAAGUUUGUGUUGGAAUUUAAGGGUGUGGUAAUCACUAGUAAAAGAAAAUGUAAAUAAAAAAUUCACAAAA